CCUCGAUACCGAACGCCAUGAUGAAGCACCUCUUCUUCGUUGUUCUGGCUUUCUUUCUCGCGGCCUUCAGCGUGCGCGCCUUCGGCACGGAAGGCAAUCAGGCGGUGGGCUACAUUGCUAUGCAGUUUCUCGCCCCGCGAGCGCGCACCUUCGUCACAUCUUCCCUUGGCCCGCAGUAUGCAUUCUCGCUGGGACCUGCGGCGACGUGGGCCAACGCGGUUAAGUCGCAAAGGGCGUACGAGUGGUCUGCCGAGCUGCACUAUGUCAACGCCGUCGACACCGCCCCGAAGUACUGCGAAGUCGAUCAGCAGGACUGCACGAAUGGGCGGUGUAUUUUGACGGCUAUUGCGAACUACACGACUCGCGUAGUUGACACCAGCCUACCGGCCUCUCAGAGACAAGAGGCGCUCAAGUUUCUGGAUAGUUUCUUCGGUGACCUCGGCCAGCCACUCAACGUCGAAGCCUUCGAACACGGCGGGCGCGAUAUUCCCGCAUUGUGUUCGGGCAAGCAGUCGAAUCUCUAUGAUGUGUGGGACUCCGGCAUAAUCACCCAACUCCUCAAGCGCAAGUACUCGCGCUCGGUGGCGAGGUGGGUGGGUGUGCUCGCUGGGAGGAUAAGGACCGGCGAAUACAAAGAUAAAGCAUCCCAGUGGCUCGCCUGUUCCUCCACGACGCAACCGGAAGGGCCCGAGUCUCGCAAGCGUGCCAUCGACGGGGAAUCGGACAUCACUCCCUUGCAGUGCCCCCUCCUCUGGGCGAGCGAGUCGAAUUGGCUGGUUUGUUUCGACGUCCUGAGCUACACUUCUGUUAACCCGGGAGUCUGUACCGGAACGUACUAUGAUAAUGCGGUGAAGGAUAUCGAAAUACAGGUCGCGAAACAGGGAUAUCGCUUGGCUGCAUGGCUAAAUGUGCUGUUCGACGGGUCUACGCAUCUGCCUUGAAGACCGCAAGUAACGGGGUUUCCACUUCAUACAAGUACAGGAAAUGACAACACAUUCACGGCUUGACAGCGUAGAUCUGGAACGAGCCGACGUAUUCGUUGAAGUCGAUGUUCGUCGCCUUCUCCUCCGACUCCUUCUUGGUUCCGCACGUCGAGC